CUUUCUUUGCCAUCCUUACCUCAGGCUCUGGCACUCCAGGGCUGCACACUGACCACAAGGCUUGCUGCCUGCUGAUCAGGAUUCCAGAAACAAGACUGGCUGUGAGGAGAAAAGGACAAGAAGAAGCUGGACUUCUCAGAAAAUAUGGAGAGAUUCCAUUUCUUUGCGUUUCUCUUGAGCGGAGUCUUAAUCUCUGGAGUCCUUGGCCUUCAAUCCACAAAUUUUUCAAUAGACUGUGAAACUAUGUCAACCAAUCUAACUGAACCAGAGGAAUCUGCACCCCCCUACCACCUUUUGGUAUCAUCCGAGGAAUAUGAGCCAGGACAUGAAGUUGAAGUGAAUCUGGAAGGAACACCAGAUGCUGGAUUUAAAUGGUUCAUGCUACAAGCUCGAGACAUUGAAAAAAAUAUCCCAGUUGGUUCAUUUUUAACUAUAGACCCAAAUACACAGAACCAUGACUGUUACCAUUUGCUGAAUUCAGCUUUAAUCCACAAGAACUCUGAUGAGAAAUAUAAUGUUACAUCUGUCUGGAUUUCACCAGAGGCUAAGAAGAUUCAGUUUGUAGCAACUGUUUUUCAAGAUCCGGAAAGAUACUGGGUUGUUAUAUCCGACAAAAUUCUUUUCCCUAGAGAUUCCAAUGUAACAGGAAAUGAUAACAAAGUGGCUGAUGUGGCCAAACAAAGCAGUGUAUCACCAAGAAGUAGGAAGAAGUCUUCUAGCAUUAUUGUAAGAGUAAACUGUGGCCAGGGUGGAUCUUAUGGAAGUGGCAGCGAAUGUGUCCAGGGCUCCUCACAGAGUGGUAGCAGUCAAUCUCAGGGAGGCUUAAUCUACCAGGGGGGAAGCAUCAAAAAGGUUGGAUGCCUUGGUGGUGGAACUGCAAGUGUCUACGACAAAUACGGUUGCCGUGAUGGAGGCAUAGACACUAGUGGCAGCAGCAGUUAUGGGCAGUCUGUUUCGACUAUCUCAGAUAAAGGAAAGGUCAUAGUAUAUCCUCCUACGAAGCCUUUCCCACCUGAACGUACAACAUACACAUCGCAACUUGCCAACUCCCACUACAAGCAUAUUCAGAACACUAAAUACGGCGAAAAGAUCCAGAGCCAGGGUUCAAAUCCUGAAAGUGAUAUUCGUAUUACAAUUCAGAGUGGACAACCGAUGAAAGUUUGUGAUAAGACCUCUCCUUCUUACAACAGCCAAGCCUGUAAAUUGACCAUACAGUCGUCUGCAUCUCAAAGUGGUGGUUCUUCUGUCUCUCGGGGUGAAACGAUUAUAGUAGGUGGUGGUAGACCUUCUACUUCCGUCAGUGGCAGUGGAACUUCAAUUAUAGUUAGUGACGGGAGACCUUCUUCAAUUGGUGGUAGUGGAACUUCGAUUAUAGUUGAUGGCGGUAGACCCUCUACUUCUGUUAGUGGUAGUGGAUCAUCAUCUACAUUUGGCAGCAGUGGAUCCAGGAAUCCUUGUGGUCAGGGAAAUAUCCCUGACAAGAAUCCUUGUAAGCCGGCUGGAUCAUCAUCUCAGCAAAGUUUUGGAAGUAGCCAUAGUGGUUCCUCCCAACAAGGAUAUGGUUCCCAGAGUGGUUCCUCCCAACAAGGUUAUGGUUCCCAGAGUGGUUCAUAUUCUCAGGGGAACAGAAAUCCUUGUGAUGGGAGCACUACUGGUAAAAUAAUCAGCAGUAGCAACUGUCCAAAGGGGGUACCAAGUGGAUCCUAUGGUAGUAGCAGCAGCAGUAGCAGCCAAUAUGGACAGUCUGGUCAGAGUGGAUCCUAUGGCAGCAGCAGCAGCCAAUAUGGACAGAGUGGAUCAUAUGGCGGCAGCAGCCAGUAUGGACAGAGUGGAUCCUAUGGAAGCCACAGCCAAUAUGGACAGAGUGGAUCCUAUGGGAGCAGCAGCCAAUAUGGACAGGCUGGACAGAGCGGAUCUUAUGGGAGCAGCAGCCAGUAUGGACAGGGCUCCCAAACUAGUGGAGACUACAACAUUAAGGGCUGUGGUGAAAACCCAAGAAACUGUAGACGCAAGAGGGCUGCAUCAGCUCCAAAUAUACUUAAGACAUUGAUCAAUAAGAUUCGAGAAAAAAGGAAUGAACCCUUUAAUUCAGAACAAAUGUACAGCAAAAACCAGGAUAGAACCUUUUCGGAUGAUAGAAACAAUCAUCCACAGAGUCAAUGUAUAUAUCCUAGUGCACAGGAUGAACAAGUUGGAUCACAUGGAGGCAGCAGUCAAUCUGAACAGGGUGGAUCAUAUGGUGGCAGCAGCAGCCAGGGAGGGUCAUAUGGCGGCAGCAGCAGCAGCAGUAGCAGUAGCAGCAGCUCUUCUGGAAGCCAGGUAAAAACAACUUUAUUCGUUUUUAAUGAUAAAUAUAGCUAUAAAUACAUGCUAAAUGUGUUUACACGCACACACGCACAUACAUACAUACAUACAUAUGUAAAUAGUCCUUACUUCCUGAUCAUAAUUGGGACUGGCAACUCUGUUGCGGAAUACCACACAUGCCAGGCAAAAUAUCAUAUGGGAGGAUCAUAUAGCAACAGUAGCAGCAGCAGUAUCAGCUAUUCUGGCAGCCAGGGAGCAUUAUAUAGCAGCAGCAGUAGUAGUAGCAGCAGCAGCAGCAAUUAUGGCAACCAGAACUCAACUUCUUCAGGAGGCAUCCAAACUGGUGGACAAAUUGGAUGUUAUUGUACAGAUGGGCUUUUGGGUUCCCAAUCAGCUAGUGGUCAAUAUGGUCAUGGAAAAGAAAGCUUGCAUGGGGACACCAGCCAAUAUGUUGAACAUGGUGGCAGCAGCCAAUAUGGUGGACAAGGAAAUCAGCAUGGUGGCCAUAACCAAUAUGAUGGUGGACAAGGAAGCUCAUAUGGUGGCAGUAGCCAGUUUGGUGAACAAGGAAGCCAGUUGGGUCGUGGACAAGGAAGUUCAUAUAGCAGCAGCAGCCAAUAUGGUGGACAAGGAAGUCAAUAUGGUGGUGGACAAGGAAACCAGUACGAAGGUGGACAAGAAAGCCUCUAUGGUGGUGGACAAGGACGUCAAUAUGGUGCAAGCAACCAAUAUAGUAGUGGACAAAUAAGCAAAUAUAGUGAACAAGAUUCCCAGCAUGGAAGAAUUCAGUCUGUUGGUACUGAAAAAGGCAAGCAACAUAGUGGACAAGGUUUUCAGAGCCAUCAGUCUCAUAAAUCUAGUGCUGUUGGGAAGCCGGCCAUCUUGUCUUUGACGCUUUUUAGCAUUCUGAGUGCCUUUGCUGUUUCUUCUUCAACUGCAUAAUUAGGACUGGCAACUUACUCAUUAAGCAAAGCAGUUCCUAAAUGAAACCACAACUCUGCUGUAGUCUUACUUCAACUUUCUUUUGCUUUACAAAAUCGCCAUAACUUUGAAUGGUUGCUAAACGAGGAUUACCUGUAUAUUAUUCUUUUAUCUUUGUUUUUUUAAUGUACUAUAUUGUAUUUCAUUGCAAAAAUGACAUUUUUGAUAUGAAAUUCAUUAAUGGAUCACCUGACUUUAAUCAAAGGCUACAGUUUACUUAAGACUGUUGAUAUAUUUGGAAAUAACUACGUUUAAAAUUGUGUGGAUUGAGACAGUUUAUUGCUCCUUACUAUUGUGUAAUGUAGUACUGACUCAAAUUUUGGCAAUACUGUAUAUUUUAAUUAUACGACACUGAUUAAGGUAGAAAUAAUUAUUCUGAGUACAUUCAUGAAUAACUAAAUUACAGCUGAAUUCUAAGAUUUCGAAAGGUAUACUCUUGCAGCAUUAUCUAGAAAUUUCUUCAUAAAAAGAAAGAGAAUUAUGGGAAAAUCUAUAAUAAUUUUUCAGGAAUAUUGUAAAAAUCAACUAUUUCCCAUUCUUAAUAAAUAGCAGGAACCUUCUGCAACUGUUUUCUUUCCUUCAGUUAUGUUAACUUAUAUAAAUUCAAGGCAACAAUAACAUCUAUAUGCUAUUAAAACUCUCAUGUUUGUAACUUUUAACUGGACAAAAUGGUGCACCAUAGAGCAAAACAUUUUGAACCAAAGUACCUCAAAUAGAUUAACUUGUUCAAUGCAUCCUAAAUCUGGAAGCCAUGACUCCUGUGGAAAUUAAAUUUGGCAAAGGUCAUAAAAUAUUUUAUGACAUAAAGUUAUCAUACAACAUUUUAUGAUACUUUACAAAAUGUUGCAACAUAUUUCCUGUGGUCAGCUCCUGAUGGUUGACUGUGCUGUGCAGAUAUUUUCAAGUCAGAUACAAUUCUGAAUAUCUCCCUGAAUUUUUAAAAACUUUUCUAGUGAAGGCAGUACAUUAGAAGUACUAUCAUUAUUGAAGGCAUUGAGGAAUUUGGUAAAGAAAUAUCUUUGAAACAAUAGCCCAAUGGGACGCAUGCUGAUUAGUUAUAAUAUGGUGCACAGAGAGGCAUGUCCCCCCAAAAAAUCAAGAGAGCUGAUGCAACCACACUGUUGUGGUGGUUCUUAAAAUGGAUUAUGUUUUCAAUUUUGCUGUCAUCUUGGGGGUUUUUCCCCCCUUGCUCUUUAUUUGGAUUUUUCUUGCCCAAUCAACCUUUUGAAAGCAAACAAAAAUAACAAAGACUCACAUCUGAUUUGUUGCAACAUCAUGGAAAACUCUCUGAGUAAUGUAAAAGUGAGUUCUUAAUAUAAUAUUCACCCUGGUUCAAGAGGUUGUUUGGGAUCUCAUAUUCUAAAGGUCUUGGGUUCAGGUAAUUUAAAAUAAAAUGCUUUUAAUCUAUUAUUCCCUCACUCACAGGCUCCUUGGAGUCAUCUGAGAACAUUUGAAAAAUUUUCCAUGGGCUCAUCUCCUGACCGCCCAGAGCCAAUCUUCUUUGCAGAUAAUCUCAAUCCUGUGGGAUGCCCUCCCUGCUAAACUGACAGGUCUAAGGUUUUUGAUGGCUUUUUCAAAGGCCCUACAAGCAUGAUUUUUAGAUAAAAUUAUUUUUUAAAAAUUAUUUUAAACAUCUCAGCCUUUGUGUUUGUAUUCUUUUGUAAGCUGCCAAGAGAUCUUGGUAGACAAUAAUAUAAAGAGUUUAAUUAAAAAAAUAAAUUAACCCAAGAUACAUUCUUUGAGAGACCUUUAAGUAAGGACAUAGGAAGUCCAAUUCUAAAAAUUAAAACCCCCAUUUUUUUAAAAAAAAAAACUUUUUAAAAACAUAAUACCACUCUUUUCACUAUCCUGUACCUUUUGUUAUCAGAAUUAGUGAGCUGGAAGAUGUAAGAAUAACAAUAUGUAUUAACAGCAGUUUAAGAACAAUAUAUAGCCUACUAGCAUAGGCUUUGUAAGCGUAUAUUUCCAAAGAGAAAUAAUGUACAGAUGCCAAAUGCAGUGAUGAUAAUCUAACUUAAAUAACUUGUGUUGCCUUUUACGUUAAGUCCCAUAAUAUAGUUUUCUGCAAUAGCUCGGUAUGCUUUUCUUAGGGAUGAAUCAUGAAACACAUUUUAUAGGGAUAAUAAUUUGUAAAUGCUCUAAAUAUAGUGAGAUGGGAAGGGAUAGGAUGGGAUACAAUCCCUCUUGUUUUCAGGCAAAUUUGUCAUGCUAUUUCUGUUCAGAUAGCCAUAAUUAAGCUUGAGCUAAUCACCUUAAAACUCCCCCCCCCCUUUAAACAUUGACUGUUAGACUACAAAACCAUAACAGAGUAUCUUAUAGUGUCAGUGUUACUCACACCACACAGACCCUCAGUCAAAACAGUAAAUUGCUUAAAUGACUCCUAAAAUUCUUACUGUAUAAACAGGAAUUGUCGUGGCAUUUUAAAAGUAUAAUUUUUGAAGGUUCAGUCUACAAAAUGACAUAAAAGCUCAGUGGAUAUUUAGCAUUCAAAUCUUAACUGUAUUUAGAAACAAUUGGAAUGCAGGAAUCUCCUCCUCCUCCUCCUUUUCUUCAUCCCACCUUUAUAACAUGCUAAUGCUUCUGCCUCCUAUUUAUAUAUGUGUAGCAAAGGGUCAAAGGUUGUGCAAAGCAAGCCUACAUAUAUAAAAACUGUCACUGCAUGAUUGUGAAUAUAUUCUCGGCAUUUGAAACAAUAAAGCAUAAUAUCAAUA